GUUUGCCAUUCUUAUAGAGUGUGUUUAAUAUUCUUGAUGAGCCAGACAAGAGAAGAUCGUUUGAAGGUUUUGUACAAGAGAGAUUCAAAAACUUCAAAAGUUCGUUGAUAACAAGAUGGAUCCAUAAGAAACAAAGGCAUAAACUGAAGAAAACUGUGAUGGGUAAGGCAGGAGAGGAGGAACCUGAGAAGAAACCGUGGGAUGUAUAUCCACAAAUAACGGUGAAGGACUGGGAGAAGUUUGUGGCAAAAUCAACUACUACUACUGCACUUGUAUGUAGUUUUAUAUAAAUUACAGUUGUUUCCUUAAUUUUGCUCACUACAUAUAAUGAUGCGAACAUUUGUUAAUGUGUAGGAAAAAAGUCAACAAGCUACGUGCAAUGCUGAGAAGAAAAUGUAUAGCCAUCAUAUGGGUUGUAAGACAUUUGCGGAAAGUAGACCAAAGUGGAACAAAGAGGGUCUAUACCCCACAUCCAAAAUAUCAUCAGCUGAUAAACCUCUUCCCUCCACGGUCACAUCUUUGGUAAGUCGUGCAAAUGACUGGUGGUGUGCUAUGCAUGGGAUCGAUAAGAACACCGGGAAGUACGUCGUGCACCCGGAUACGAAAACUGUAGCAGAUGCACUUCUCGAGCAUACGUCGGAAGUGGUUGAAGGCAAGCUCACUCCAAGCAUAGAGAACGAUCCUUUUACCUUGGCUUUGGGAAAACCAUACCACCCUGGGCGAGUAAUUGGAGCGGGAGGGAAACAACUAGGGUGGGAAAAGGUUAUGGGUUCAGAAUACACUUGAUCAGGAAGAUCAGAUCAAGUGUUAAUUCGCCACACCAUAUGGAUGCCAAGGAAAAGGAAGCAAUUAAGGCGGAGAUACGCAAAGAGGUGCAAGAACAAUUGCAAAGUCAAUUCAAUGCAAUUUUGAAGCACAUGAACUUGCCAACCUUGUCUUUGCCCCCGAUAACCCCAAUAAACUCAUGUAGUCACCCAAAAGAUGCCAGGGACGAUCCACUUGUUGAG